CUGCACAGCAACUAUUACUAUCCUCACACAGAAGUGACACCACAUCCACACUUAAACCCAAUACCCUCACAAUACCGCCAAGUUGGCUCGACUCAAGGAUAGCCCGAUCCCGAUGGAUCCCCCUUCACCAUCCAAAAACCCAAUGUCGCCUGGCAUGCCUGUUUUCCCAGUGUCGCCAGAGCGUCUUGCGGGCACAAAACCGCUAUAUGGCGCGCCUUCAUCGCCACAAUCCCCAGCGCUAUCAAGUCCGUUACGCAUGUCGCCACUGAGAUCUUCUCACCGCCGUAAUGAUUCUGACGUAUCCGUUCACGGCCUCGCUGCGCGCUUCGAAACUCUUGAUGUUAAGGACCACAAGGAAGCUCAGCAACGAUUCGCGCAGGCAAUCGACAAGAUCAAGGUCAAGCAUCUGAGUGAAAUGCGCGCACUCGAGAAGCAAUACCAAGACAGGCUCUGCCGUCAAGAACAACGGAUCGAGCAAAUGGUAGAAGCAGAGAAGGCUGCGAAGGAAGCUGUGCAGAACGUCGUUUCGAAAGACGACUGGGACAGACAAAGGAAAGAGUACCGGGAAGCACAGAAGAAAUGGGAAGGAAAGGCGAACGAAGUGAACGAUCUGAGAAAGCUGGCAGAGAGGAAAGCUCACGAAGCCACCCAUGAGAAUAAGGUUCUUGUGAACAAAGUCAAUCACUACAAGAAGAAAUGCGUGGAGCUAUCGAAGGAAAUGAUCCAGGCAACAGGCCAGAUUCCCACGCUUCAAGCCGAUAUGCAGAGCCUGAAGAAGGAGCGCCGCAGGCUCGAGUCUGACUUGAAGUUCCAUAGCGCCGAAGCGGAGAAAUACAAAAACCAGGUCUACGGUCUCCAAGUCGAUCUCGAGGGCGUGGAAGCACGACUGAACGAAGAGAUCCAAACCGUGAAAGCUACGUUGGCACUAGUUGAGGCAGAGCGUGAUGCACUGAAGACAAGCCUGAAAGAAGAGGAAGUGCUGCGUAUAGCCGCAGAAGGACAGAUCCCCCUCCCCGCCGCGACCACAGAUGAACAUGACGAAUUUGGGUCACCAGUCCGUUCUCCACGCAAACCGCGUGCCUUCGACCGCGAUGAAGAGGACAAGGAAAACGUAGCCCCCAAGAAGAAUGCCGUUGAGCUCAAGUUCCUUCGCCAGGAACUCGCCGCGGAGAAGCGUCUUCGCAUGCGGGCAGAAGAUCAAGUCGACUUCAUGAAGAUGGAAUGCCAGUUCCAAUGCUGUUCUUGCAGGAUUGCAGACCUCAAGGGAUCGAAAUACGUCCACGACAAUGCCCUCACUGCUGACAUGGAACUCAUCAAGGCCUCUUUACCUGCGAUGACUCCACCUGCUAGCGAUCACGGAGACGAACAGAUGGAGGACGCAGGCCCUGAAGAGGAACUGGUGGAGAUUGCCCGACCAAAUACGCCCCCGACGGAAGGCGAGGACGUACAGGUUGACAAGACCGAGGAGUCCGCAAUCUCAAGUGUCGCAGCAACUGAGUUGCCCUCGGACGGCACUGAGCGAACCUUUGAUGCCAUUGCUUACCCCGUGCCUCCUGCGAGCGAUGCUGUAGAACCUGAGACGGCCUACUCCCCUACCACAGGUACUUUCCAUGUGCUGGCUCCACAGACUCAAAUGCCCGCAUCCAUGCACAUCGCUACACCAGCCAAACCGUCCCGUCUGGGACAGGCACCUCUCAUUGAAGAUGCACCAGCAUCGUCUCCGUUCGCCCCAGACGCAAGCGGUACUAUGAUCCACCAUGAGGACAUUUCUUCAAUGCAGCUGAAGCCCGAGCAAAUGAAUGAAUUUGAAAAUGUGGUCGACCUACAAUCAGAGCAACGAGCUUCCCUCCAGAAGCACCAAGAGAUUCAGAUUCAUGAAGAUGUCAUUGAUGAUAGCGAUGAGGAGGAGGAUGACGAACCACAAACCCCACUACACGGCCCCUCUGCUCCAGCAACGCCUGCACAGUACUUGACUCGUACAAUCACUACCACUACAACGAUCCCCAUACACUUCUCGCCCAUGACGCCAGCUGUUCAGGCACCUGACAAGAUGAUGACGCCUGUCACAGUGGCCCAUGCUCCAACGGCCGCCCAAGCGCAAGUGCUCGGUGAGAUAACUUUGAAUAAGCUCCCAUUUGAUCGGGAGGCAGCACUCGAGGCUAUUCGGCAGAGGCGCGGUCGCGCUCGUAGUAUGGCUGCAGGUCAGGGCACCCCUAUGAAGAAGAUGCUGGAAGGAGUGAAAGAACGUAGAGAUAUCAGUGCGCCUGUUUCCAAGAUACGACGAUGAGGAUGACAAUGCGCACGGACGAUUAAAGUCCGAGAUCCAGCCUGAAAGCGUAACGGUACGAAAUCUUUACUAUGAAAGCUGAUUAUCAGUCUCAUCGAGGAGUUGAGCGGCAUUGCUCGGAGUUGGGGUUGGUCUUUCAGUUCUGUGGAAAUAUUGCCAUUCUUUGGGGGUUCAACUCUUCGGUCGGUCACUUUGGAUAUGCGGCUUAAUGAUACCAGGCGUUAAAGGUUGUAUAGUAGCACAUGUCCGAGUUAAUUUGACCAGUAAAACUUAUAUUCUGUGCGACCGUUUGGCUUGAGAAACAUCCUUUCGUACCAUUGUACGAGUGCCUAGGACGAGUGCCUAGGAACGA